AUGGCCACCUCCGAUCGGCGCUACGAUGAGCCCAUCGCUCGCCUCGUCGAGUAUGUCUACCACUAUGAAGUGACCAGCGAUUUGGCGAUUCUGCGGGCCCGGCAUGCCCUCAUGGACGCGCUGGGCUGUGCUCUGGAGACUCUUCAGCAGAGUCCCGAGUGUCGCGCCCUUGUCGGCCCCUAUACCCCGGGGCUUGUCGCCUCCUAUGGCUUCAAGCUCCCUGGCACCUGCCACCAGCUCGAUCCGGUCAAAGGCGCUUUCGAUCUGGCCACUUUGAUCCGCUUCUUGGACCACAAUGAUGCCUAUCCCGGUGCCGAAUGGGGACAUCCGUCAGACAACCUGGGCGCUAUUCUGGCGGUGUCCGACUGGCUAAGCCGUACGGGAGCCACCAGCCAGCCACUGACCGUCAAAGAGGUUUUGAUCGCCAUGAUCAAAGCUUACGAGAUCCAGGGCUGCUAUCAGGUGCGGAAUGCCUUCAACAAAGUGGGCCUCGAUCACACCCUUCUUGUGAAAAUUGCCUCCACCGCUGUGGUGGCGUGGCUGAUGGGUCUCACGGAGGAACAAGCCGCCGUAGCCCUCUCUCACGCUUGGGCAGACGGUCACCCUCUGCGAAUCUUCCGUCAGAGUCCGAACGCGGGUCCACGAAAGGGCUGGGCUGCCGGUGAUGCGGCCAUGCGUGCGGUACAUCUGUGCCUGUUGGCUCGCGCCGGGCAGCCGGGUAUUCCCAGUGCUCUAAGUGAGCCUAGUUGGGGCUUCCUUGCGGUGAGCUUUGGCGGAAAGGAACUGGAGCUGCCGCGCCCCUUCAAGUCCAGGGUUAUGGAGGAGGUUUUUUUCAAGCUGAUGGCCGCUGAAGGUCAUGGUAUUUCCGCGGUUCAGGCGGCCAUGACACUGGCAGAGUCCCUGGCUAGCCGGGGCAUUGACCCUGCUACGCAAAUCAGUCGGAUUGAUAUCCGAACACACGAGGCUGCUAUGCGCAUUAUUGACAAGCAGGGUGCGCUCACCAAUGCCGCCGACCGCGAUCACUGCAUGCGAUACAUGGUAUCAGUGGUGUUGUUGAAGAACGCAGUCAUCGAGGCGGACGACUACCACGAUACAAGUGUGUGGGCUCGCGAUCCACGCGUCGAGGCCCUGCGCCAGCGGAUCCAGAUGGUUGAGGACCCGCAGUUCACUCACGACUAUCACCAUCGACGCACUGCUGCCAGCGGACUCACCGUUAUAUUGGCUGACGGGCAGCACCUGAAUGAGGUGGUCGUCGAAUACCCUAUUGGCCACCCCAUGCAUGAGGAUACACUGGCCAAAGUGCGGGCUAAGUUUCAGCGCAAUAUGGAAGGCAUGUUUACAGCGGAGGAGACAAAGCGGGUGAUCGACGCGAUCCAUCAGGACCGCAUGCCAGUGCAUCGGCUGGUGGAUCUGCUUGGUCGGUGAUCUCCGCGAUAGGUGGAUCCGGGCUGGAUGGGCGGCGAUCAGUGUUAGUAGUCGGGUUCUG